AUGCAUCUGACUUUGACUCAGCAAUGGUCCUCCUGGACAGUGCUCUUGCUGCUAGUGUCCAACUUGCUUCUGUGGGAGAACACAGCCUAUGCUAUGAGAGCUAGAAGGUUGAAUGUCUACAACUACGCAUCCUUUGGGGACACGUGGGAUGAGGCAAUCAAGUUAUCCCAGAGCAUGAAUCACCGAAUUUCAGAACUGUCCACUCACUUUAAAGUAUUUUAUGCCCAAGGCCGAGGAUUUGAACAGAGGACCACCAGAUGCCACACCUCGUCCCUUUCUAUUCCAGCAAACAAGGAGCAAGCCCAAAAGAUCCAACUGGAAGUACUGCUGGGGUUGACACACAGCCUAUUGCAAGCCUGGGUCAACCCUCUGUACCAUCUGUGGGCUGAAAUGUGUGACAGACUUGGAUCCACGCCACCUACCCUCUCCAAAGCCUUGGAGGUUAAGAUCUUAAACAGAAAUCUCCUGGAUGCCAUAAAGAAGAUUGCCCUCAAGGGUAAUUUUGAAAUCAAGGAAAAUGCGAACUAUGCUGCCUGGUCUGAAUUGGGAUUCUUGCAGUCACCUGAUAGAGACACUAGAUACUUUGCUUUUCAUAACCUGUUUCACUGCCUAAAAAGGGACUCAAAUUAUGUGGAAAUGUAUCUGAAGCUUCUGAAGUGCCGACUGAUCCAAAGCAACUGCUAA